AUGCGUCCCAGUCCCCGCCAUCAGCAGAUCUCCGGGGACAUCUCCUCAUCGCUGACACGGGGCAUCGGGAGCGAUGGGAGUCGGAUUCUGGGACCCUCUCCUCUGGAACAGAACUUCAGCCCUUUCACACACUGGCCCUGUUUCCACCACGUCAGGUGUAUUCCCGCCCGUGACAGCUGCAAUAGCAGGACACCGGUCACCCAUUGCCCCGCGUCUCGGACCAGGGAGUUGUGGAUCAGCCUCUACUACGUGGCCUUCUACGUGGUGAUGACCGGACUCUUCGCCCUGUGCAUCUACUCGCUGAUGUGUACGCUCGACCCCUACACGCCUGACUACCAGGACCAGCUCAAGUCACCAGGGGUGACCUUGAGGCCCGAUGUCUAUGGGGAGAAAGGCCUGGACAUUGCCUACAAUGUCUCUGAUAACAGGACCUGGACAGACCUAGUGCACACCCUCCACGACUUCCUGGCAGGCUACGCGCCAGCAGCCCAGGAGGACAACAUAAACUGCACUUCCGAGAAGGUGUUCACCCAGGAAAGCUUCGGGGCCCCUAACCACACCAAGUUCUCCUGCAAGUUCACGACGGACAUGCUGCAAAACUGCUCGGGCCUGGCGGACCCCAACUUCGGCUUUGAGGAAGGAAAGCCGUGUUUUAUCAUUAAAAUGAACAGGAUCGUCAGGUUUCUCCCCAGCAACAAGACAGCCCCCAGGGUGGACUGCGCCUUCCUGGACCAGCACAAGGAUGUCCAGCCCCUGCAGGUGGAGUACUACCCGCCCAACGGCACCUUCAGUCUACACUAUUUCCCUUACUACGGGAAGAAAGCACAGCCCCACUACAGCAACCCGUUAGUGGCCGCGAAGCUCCUCAACGUCCCCAGGAACACGGAAGUUGACAUUGUGUGCAAGAUCCUGGCGGAACAUGUGACCUACGACAACCCCCAUGACCCCUUUGAAGGGAAAGUGGAAUUCAAGCUUAAAAUUCAGAAGUAA